AUGACCGCCACACGGACGCUUUACACCCUCACAUGGGGUGUAUACCCUCGUCGAGUACUUAUAUAUCUCGCUGAGAAAGGGCUGUCCCACUCACCGCACAUCGACGUUGUGCCUUGCGACAUCUCGGAGACUGGCACUCUGAUAGCAGAGGGCAAGCCACCAGGCACUGUGCCGAUACUAAGUCUACCCGACGGUUCAUUCAUCAAGCAAUCUGUGGCUAUUAUCGACUACUUUGAGGAUAUCUGCGCUCAGCCAGACCCUGCGCAGCCAUGGCAGAAGGAACUGGCGGACAGCGCCAACCGGAGGACCAACAUGAGAGGCACCACGGCAGAGGAGCGAGCUCGGCACCGUGACAUGGUCAUCCUGGCAGACGAGGUCACCAGUCUGUUUGGCUUUGCAUGCCACAAGGGCACGGCGCUCUUUGUGACCUUGGAGACGACAAACGCGCUCACAGCAAAGCUGGCGCUGGAGCUCUGCACCAAGAACCUCAGACUUCUAGAUCGGUACUAUGCGGAGGGUGCGGAAAAAGAAGGGGCGGAGAGGUCGGUCAUGGUCGUCGACUGUGUCUUGUUCUCGACAUUGCACUUUGCUCGCAACAUGUACAAUCUGGAUCUCCUGGACGAUGCCGAGCUGUCGCAUCUGCGCAGUUUCUAUCUGGACUUUGGAAAACGAGACAGUGUGCAGGUCGGCGAGCACUUCUAUCCAGAUGAGCUUCGCAAGCUAGCCAGCCAGUGGCUUCCGGUUGAGUAG